CUCUGAUGGUUCACCUCUUCCAGGACAUAGAUCCAUAAAGGUCAGCCCUGCACCCUGAACAGCUCAGAGGGAGGAGCCAGACCAGUAGCGCCUGAUGCCCUGCCCUCUUCAGCCCUAAACAGAUGCCUCCAUAAUGGCAGUGGGUGAGGCCCUGGUGCACAUCAGAGCCACUCUUCUGCUGCUCUCAUUUGGGGUGUCUUUGUUCAUUUCUGACCACUCUCAGGCCAGGGCCUCCCAGCACUUCUCCUCUCCAGAACUGGUGAUCCCCUUGAAGGUGACUGGCAGGGGCAGAAAUGCAAAGGCUCCGGGCUGGCUCUCCUACAGCCUGCGGUUUGGGGGCCAGAGACACAUUGCCCACAUGAGGGUCAAGAAGUUCUUGGUUUCCAGAUACCUCCCAGUGUUCACCUACACAGACCAGCGUGCCCUCCGCCAGGAUCAGCCUUUUGUUCCUGAUGACUGCUACUAUCAUGGUUAUGUGGAGGGGGUUCCCAAGUCCCUGGUUGCCCUCAGUACUUGUUCUGGAGGUUUUCGAGGAAUACUACAGAUAAAUGAUCUUGCUUAUGAAAUUGAACCAGUUAGGUUUUCUGCCACAUUUGAACACUGGGUGUAUAAGAUAGACAGUGAUGAUACACAGUUCCCACCUAUGAGAUGUGGGUUAACAGAAGAGGAUAUAGCACGCCAACUGGAGUUGCAAGAGUUGCAUAAUUUCACUCUGAUGCAAAGUUCUUACACAGGCUGGUGGACCCACUUGCGUUUUCUUGAGUUGGUAGUGGUUGUGGACAAUCUUCGAUUCGUUCACUCGGAAAGUAAUGUGUCAGUAGUGCAGCGUGAAAUACUUGAUGUUGUCAAUAUAAUAGGUAGCUUGUAUCACUCUUUGGAACUUGUUGUAAUUUUAACUGGGCUUGAAGUCUGGACUAAAGGAAACCCAGUUCCCAUCGAUAACAUAGAUAAGCUUUUGGAGGAUUUUUCUGUUUGGAAGUAUUUUAGCCUUGAUCACCGACUGUCACAUGAUGCGGCCCAUCUUUUCAUAAAGAAAUCGUUUGGCAUAACGCUUGGACUUGCCUAUGUUGGUGGAAUAUGCCAGCGUCCUUUUAAUAGUGGAGUUAAUGUUUUUGAAGACGAGAGUCUGUAUGCUUUUGCAAUUGUUGUGACCCAUGAACUUGGUCAUAAUUUAGGUAUGCAGCAUGAUACUGAAUGGUGUGUGUGUGAACUUCAGUGGUGCAUAAUGUUUCCUGCCAGAGAGGUGACAAAUAAAUUCAGCAACUGCAGUUAUGCCGAGUAUUGGGACAAUCUUAUCAGUAAUGGAUUAUGUCUUUACUCUCCUCCACAUCCAGGGAAUAUCUUUAGGCUGAAGUAUUGUGGGAACCUAGUGGUUGAAGAAGGAGAGGAGUGUGACUGUGGAACCAUAGAGCAGUGCAAAAAUGAUCCCUGCUGUCUGUUGAAUUGCACUCUGAAGCCUGGAGCUGCUUGUGCUUUCGGGCUUUGUUGUAAAGACUGCAAGGUCAUGUCAUCAGGGACUUUGUGCAGAAAACAGGUCAGUGAAUGUGACCUUCCAGAGUGGUGCAAUGGGACAUCCCAUCAGUGCCCAGAAGAUGUAUAUGUGCAGGAUGGGAUUCCCUGUAGUGAUGGUGCCUACUGCUAUCAAAAGAGCUGUAAUAACCAUGAUGAACAGUGCAGGGAGAUAUUUGGCAAAGAUGCAAGGAGUGCACCUCAGAGUUGCUACAAAGAAAUCAACACCCAAGGAAAUCGAUUUGGUCACUGUGGUAUCAAAGACACACAGUACGUAAAAUGUGCAUCCCCUGAUAUCCUGUGUGGGAGAGUUCAGUGUGAAAAUGUGGGAGUAAUUCCUAAUCUGAUAGAACAUUCCACAGUGCAUCAGCUUCACUUCAAUGACACCACUUGUUGGGGCACUGAUUAUCAUAUAGGGAUGUCCAUAUCUGAUAUCGGUCAAGUGAAAGACGGCACAAUGUGUGGUCCAGGAAAGAUAUGUAUCCGCAACAAGUGUGUCAGUAUGGUUCGUGUACCACAAGCCUGUCAGCCUGAGACCUGCCAUAUGAAGGGGAUCUGCAAUAAUAAACAGCAAUGCCACUGCAAUCCUGGAUGGGCACCUCCCUACUGUGAACAGCAAGGCAAUGGAGGUAGUAAUAGUAGUGGCCCACCUUUUAAUCCCCAAGCAGAAGAGACAGGACUGAAGGAGAAGGGAAAACAGCCAUUAUUGUGGCUUAUUCCUUUGACUUGUUUAUUUUUACGUUGCAUCUUUGUGCUUUAUGAGAAACAUAAAAAGGAGGAGGCAGAAACGAUGGAAGAAAAAGAGACUGAGGAGGAAGAAGGUGACUAAGGCUCCUGCUUCAUUUUUUUUUAAAUCUCUGGUUUUUCUUUUAAUAGUAGAGAAGUAUUAGGGCAUGUCUGACUGUUUCAAGAAAAAUUUAAGGAUCCCUCAUGUCAGAAUCAUAAGCAUUAAUAUUUCACUGAAGGA